UCAUUUUUUCGCCGCUUCAGCGGAUCAAGAUCCCGGAGUCGGAGCCGGAGGGGAGUUGGAGUCGGAGUCGCAGUUGGGGCAGAAGUGAAAACUGCUGAAUAAUGGCGGAAGCUCUCUUCGAGCUGGAAGAAAUUCUCAUCUCCAGAAAGGAAGCUCUGACGAGUGAAGAAGCUAAACUACUUAAUUCAUGGAAGCAAAAUGCUGUAAGAGAUUUUGGCAUUGGUUCUACCGGUGCUUCCAUUGCCACUUGGUUAGUAACCAGAAGGCUGAAUAACCUAGUUCGUAUGAACCUGACAGCAGGUGUUGGUUUCUAUUAUGGCAUUAGGAGAUUUUCUAAGUGUGUGGAUUCAGAAAUUGAACAAAUUCUCUCUCAGCAUGGGACUCGUUUGCAAACUGGGUUGGCAGAAAUAAUGUUGAAGAAGUAUCAGCAUGAUUCACAUGUAUUGCAACGUGUCUCCAAACAUUUUUUCUGUGAAAAUGUUUAUUACGAUGACUCAACAGACCAGCCAAAACCAAGGUGGCGCUUUCGGAAUUCCUUUGAGGAAGAUCUUGCUUCUGCUCAUAUGACAUAUGAUGAUGACUCUUACAAUAAGAAAAUCAAUUCGGUGAAAACUGAUCUGAGGAAGACCAAUCUACAGCGCAGGCAAAUUAAUAUGAGUGCAGGAGCUGAUGUUCUGGAGGCAAUUGAAGACCCAUUUGACUGCAUAUUUAGGUCUUCAGCAAGUGUCCAAGAUAUUCAUCAUCCUGACACAUUUAGCUCACCGCCUAGAAGGCGUAACUAUAACCAGAAAAGGUCUCAGCGUAGGCAUAGGAUGCGUCACAAGGAGAACAUGGAUGUUUGAGCUUUCUUCAAUUGACCAAGUCGCCCUCACAAAUGCCCCUUGCAUGUACCUGAA